CAGUACAGAUACUCUUAUCAGUACACACACACUCUCUCUCUCCCUCUCUGAAUCUGUGUCCGUAGAGAAUCAUCUCUUGGUGGCUUUGGUUGAUUGUUCAUGGCUACGAAACUCUCACUCAGUACUAUCCCUGAUUUUUCGAUCUCUUCUGCAAGAUUCUCAAUGAGUCCUUCAAAGGUUUCUCUUUCUGUAUUCUCGCCACUGAACUCUGCUGGGUUUUGUUGCUCAAGGAGCAUUUCAACUCUCAGCGGUGACGCUUCAGUACGCCAUGUAGUGAAGGAAGAAGAGAUUGAAUCCAUAACCACAAAUGAUAGUCAGGACUCUCAGUCUACCCCUUCAUCUUCAAAGCUUGUUCUUGUGGUCGGCGGAACUGGUGGAGUCGGGCAGCUGAUUGUAGCAUCAUUGCUGAGCAGGAACAUCAAAUCACGCUUAUUAGUGCGGGAUCUUUUUAAAGGAUCAACAUUAUUUGGUGAACAAGAUGAGAAAAAUUUACAGGUAUGGAAAGGUGACACACGAAACCCGGAUGAUUUGGAUCCUGCUAUGUUUGAGGGAGUCACACAUAUAAUUUGCUGCACUGGAACUACAGCUUUUCCUUCAAAGCGAUGGGAUGGAGAUAAUACACCAGAAAGAGUAGAUUGGGAGGGAGUCCGGAAUCUUGUAUGUGCACUGCCUCCAUCCGUGGAGAGAUUUGUUCUUGUUUCAUCAGUGGGGGUUACAAAGUUCGAUGAGUUGCCAUGGAGUAUCAUGAACCUCUUUGGAGUCCUCAAGUAUAAGAAAAUGGGGGAGGACUUUGUUCGCAAGUCUGGUCUUCCUUUUACAAUUAUCAGACCUGGAAGACUGACAGAUGGACCAUACACCUCAUAUGAUCUGAAUACUUUGCUUAAAGCAACUGCUGGGCAACGCCGUGCAGUUCUGAUAGGUCAAGGUGACAAACUUGUGGGAGAGGUUAGUAGACUUGUAGUGGCUGAAGCUUGCAUACAAGCACUGGAUAUAGAAUCCACUCAAGGCCAAACAUAUGAAAUCAAUUCAGUUGAGGGAGAAGGACCAGGAAGCGAUCCUGAAAAAUGGAGGGAGCUCUUCCGAUCUGCACAAGUCCAAUAGCUAGAUUUACCAGUAGUCUUCAUCAUGAACUCUACCAAAAAAGAUAUGAAAUUUAAUUCAUUUGUACUAUGAAGAUUGUUGAAGCAACAACAACUUCAACCUAUUAAGUGCAGAUGAAAUGUUUAAAAUCAGUUAUAAAUAUUUUGCUCUGAAAUCUUUGUAAUCACAUUUUCUCUUCUUGUA